GCCUACCGGAACAGUUAGAUAAACAACCCCAGAGAAGUGCAGGCAGGUUGCUAAGGGUAAGCAGACGACAAGACAACUAAAACCUUCUGGUUUUCUUGUAAAUAUGAACAAAAUUGUUGGCGCUCUGCGGAGGACGUUCGGAGUGGUACGAGAGCACGUCGGGACAGAUCACCUGGGAAAUAAAUAUUACAUUAUCCCCGAACAGAAGACGUGGACAGGGAGACUCGUUCGUGCCAAGCGGAUGGUGGAGGCCUCAAAUCCCACAGAGUACGAAUAUAUGGAAGGCAGCAUACCCAUCGAGUGGGACGCUUGGAUCCGAGGCAGACGGAAGGAGCCUCCCUCUGUUGAGGAACUAGCAAAGAACCAGGCCUACAGGGAGCAGAUAAAGCUGAAGGCCAGCGAGGUGGAGGAGAAAGACUUGGCUCUGAAAGCGAAGGAAUAUGAGGAAGGCCUGGUGGCGACGCCAUCCAGGACUGUGGCUGCGGGCCAUGCGGCUGCCACUAGCUUUGGCAAGCAAGAGUUCAGCGAGGAGCCCACCAGCACCGCCAACACCUUCCAGCCGGGCUCCUGGCGACCUAAUUCGAAAUAAGAAGCCUAAAGAGAGCGGCAUGGACUGAGACCAGUUGGCUGUGUAAUACAAUCCAAUAGAAAGGCUGACAGAUUUUUAUACAGCACAGCUCUUGUAUUGGAUCUCUUUCAUUAUGCUGGUGUACCUAAUGAAGUGGCAGGUGAGUGUAUUUAUUGCUGGUAUGUCAAUAAAUAAGCAGCACAUUAAUUGCAUCUGAUUUGAGAAGCCUUUGCAUAAAUUUAGUAAUUUUAAAAACACGAGUUUGACAAAGUGGACAGUGUGGUUUUACUGUAACAUUUUAGUUGCACAAAAAAUUUUUACAAUCUAGCCAUUGUAAAGGGACAAAAUGAUGCUGGAUUUUAUUGUUCACACGCACGCACGCACACACACACACACACACACAAUUUGUCCAUUUAAACUAAAACCGCUUCACCAAAGCAUGUCAAUGGUCUCUCAGAGGAAGUGUGGAUUAUUACUACAUUUUGUGAUUUAUUUCUCUGCACAUUAUUAAAUAGGAUAUAUUUGUACAUUUUUAUUACAUUUAAAACAUCUUAAGAAUGUGGGCAAUAUUAGGUCAGCAGUUCUGACACAAUUCAACAAAAUUUUGACAGUUUUGACAAGAAAAUUGAAUGGCAAUACGAAAGGUUUUUUUUUUUUUUUUUUUUAAGGAGGCAGCAUGGUGGCCAAAUGCAGACGUUCUUGUGGAUCCAUUAUAGGGAGUGAAAACAAUUGGAUUGUGGAGUUUGCAUGUUCUGUAAUUAUGUGGGUUUCCUAUUCCCCCAACCCAAAAGCAGGCUAUAUAGGCUCACUCAACCUAACAGUGAACCUGCAAACACCACCUGGGAAGGCCAGAAGAGAUUUGAACACAGAACCUUAUAACUUGCACACGUUAUCACCAUACUGUCCCCUCCUAAGCAAAAAAUUAAGCAAAUCGUCUUCAUAGCACAGAAUUGUGCAGACCUUAAAGUGAACAAGGUGAAAGAGUCCUGAUAGGAGAACAUGUAAAAUCCAAAUUGGGGGCCAUUUCAAUGUGCAACCACCAUUAGGUUUCAUUUUACUUUAAAUCAAGAACCAAACUUAAAAUAAAGGCCUUUUUAAGCCACUAUGAAAACUUUAUUGAUCAAAGUAAAUCUGUUAGGUACAGUAGGUAUGCUUCAUUUAAUAUCAGUUUAACAAAAAUAUGAUGUUAAGAAUGGAAUGCAAUCUGUUGCAAAUUUGACAUGUAAUUGGGAUAAAACUUGAGUAUAAAAAUGUCACAUAGACACUUGCUGUUGGAAGUCCGACAGGGAUAUCCAUCUCGGCACUUUUCGACUGGUAGGGGCACGCUUUCCCUUGCCCCACCCGAGAGGUCUCUGCUGGUAGUAAAGGCAACAGUGGGGGCACAAGUCCCUGUCCUUUUUUCCUCCUAUAUGACUUCAUCCUCCACAUGUCAAUCUUUUUAGUUCCACUUGGCUUUAGCCAGGUUUUCCUGCCGCCGCUGCUUCUUCUUCUGCUCCUUGUCACGAGCCUCGAUCAUCUUGGCCAGUUUCCACGACAACAUUGCGCAGGCGAUGAAGAGGGGCGUGAGCGCCAGCAACACCGUGGUCAGGAAGCCGUAGGGGUCUUUGGCGGCCCACUCCACAAUGUACUGAGCCCAGGCUUGGAUGUCAAUCAUUGUUCUGGGAAGACAUGAGUUAGUUGUUAAGAGGUGGGGCGGUAACUCAGGAAUAAUGCAGUUUCCCCUCUCUCCUGCUUCAUCCAUCUCUUCACUAUAUUGCAGUAGUAUUUGAAUUUUAGACCCGUCCCCCUUCCAAGGGAACGGAAAAAAAGCCAAAGCUUAUUUGAAUGGUGUUUGCAGUACACACUGGUCUGAAUUAAAAGAUGCACACUUUCAGUGUAGUACCAUUUUUUUCCACAUCUCCAGUGAGUGCUAUCAUUUCAACAGAGCCGAGAGACUAUGCCUGACGGUAUUGUUGUAUUGUCACAAAUGAGCAUAACAUUUAUUUUAUC